AUGUCAGUCGUGAUUUCGACUCAUUUAAUUAUUAAAGAUACUGAUUGUUCAGAAUCAAACAAGUGUCCCCUAAAAGUAUCUUUCGUAGGAACUCCACAAGGAAAAUUGUCUGUAAUUGAAAAUACAGAAAAUUCUAUUAUUGAAAUACUUACAACUGAUUAUAUUAGUGUAGAGUAUAGUUAUAUUAUUAAUGUAGUUUUCUCUCAUACUAAUCCACGAUUUGAAAAUCUUAAAUCAGCUAUCAAUUUACAAGAAUCUGUUAUAUUUGUUGUUGGACAAAUGAAAGUCAUAGAUAGCACGUUUUAUGUUAAUGCGAAAGACAUCAAUUACAUUAGUAUCAAAAAAAAAAUUUCUGAAGCAGAUUCUUCUCAAAAUAUAUCAACUCCAACUAAUUCAACAAGGUCCAAACUCUUAAACAUCCAUCAAAAUAUAGCUAAAAAUUCAAAAAAUGUGUUUAUAGUUAAAUUGCAAAAUUCAAAUGAUACUGAAUGUGAACCCUCUGCAAAAUGCAAAAAAUCUGAAGAAUCAUAUAAAUAUAUUGAAGACCUACCAGAAGUGGAAAAUGUCGACUCUACUGUUAAUUGUGAACCUGAGAUAACUGAAAAUAACCUAGCUAAAAAUAAUAAACCACGAAAAAACCUCACUCGCAAUCGAAAAAAGGGUAAAGAAUGUCCGAUUAGAACUACCGAAAUCAUCAAACCUCGCAAGAUUUAG